AUGGCGGAGGGAGUGGACAUUCAGUCCCUAACCGCUUCACUAAAACGGUUAUCAAAGGAAGAUUUAGUUCAAGUUAUAAUAAAAAAGCGUCUAGAAAGUGAAAGUGCUUCAGGGCAAGAAAAACUAAAAUCAGCGAUUAGCCAACAUUUAAGUCAAACACCUAAUGGAAAUACCGAAAGUGAAAUGUUAAAAAUGGAAAAUCAGUGCUUAAAACGGGAAAUAGUGCUUCUAAAUCAGUCAGUAAAUGAUCUACAAUAUACCAUACAAUUACAAAAGGAUGCAAUAGAUAAUUUAAAGAAAAAUCAAAAUCAUAACCUCGCAUUACCCUCAAACGUGGUAAUCCAAAAAAACAGUACAACAACAAAUUCAAAUAGAGCUUUAGAAAUUAUAAACCAGGUUGCGAAACAAUAUUUUCAAGUAGUCGAAACUACGAAACCCCACCAAGAGAUGGCGAGACAAAACAACCAAAACAACAACAAAGAAAAUGGUGGAUCAAACGAAUCAAAACAAAGCGAUUACAAAACAGUAUUAUACAAAAAGCCCCAGAAAAGGUACCCCAAAGUGGUAGGCAAUAAUGUACUUGGCAACCUAAAAGGAGUAGCAAGAAGGCAAUCGAUAUAUAUAAGUAGGUUGGAUACUGAAACAACUGAAGAAGAAAUAAAAACUCACUUUAAAGAAAAUGGCAUAACCUCCUGUGAAAUUAAGAUGGGAAACUCCAAACACCCAGAAAUUUACAAAUCCUAUAUUAUUACAGUACCAGAAACAAUAAUAGAAAAAGUUAAAAAGCCAGAAUUAUGGCCUGAAGGGGCAAGUAUUAGUAAUUUUUUAUACAAACGUCAAAAUCAAACCAGAAUAGAGAAGAAGAACUCAGCCUAA